AUGAAAACUGAGGCUUCAUUCAACAGCACUAAAACACUGCUGAACUUGUACAAGAAUCAGCUUUCCCACCUAAACUCAGCAACUCGGGAACUUGGAGUCAAUCUUGAUUCUCGGCUGAACGUCACCAAGAUGGACCUUGAAGACCAGGUGCUGACAAUUCAAGUUGACCAGAUCCACAACCAGAGAGUUAACAUCACCAGUCUGAGGAAUGAAGUUGAUAAACUGGUGAAACACCAAGAAAUAUUUGGGGUAAACGUCAGUGACAUUGAGAAGAGACUUGAUGUAACUGAGAGGCAGCUGAUGGAAGAAAAAGACAAGCUUGAAAAUCUGGAGACAGAAACUGAAGCUGCCUUUAACAACACCAACAUACUUCUGAGCUUGUACAUGAAGGAACUUUCCCACCUAAAGUCAACAGACUGGGACCUUGAAGUUAAAGUUGAGGCCUGGCUGAACAUCACCAAGAUGGACCUUGAAGAUAAACUGGAGGGGAUUCGGGAAAACUGUGAAGAUUUUCUUGCAGAGUUGACCAGAUCCACAAACAACCAGAAAGUUAACAUCACCAGUCUGAGGAAUGAAGUUGAUAAACUGGUGAAACACCAAGAAAUAUUUGGGGUAAACUUCAGUGACAUUGACAAGAGACUUGAUGUAACUGAGAGGCAGCUGAUGGAAGAAAAAGACAAGCUUGAAAAUCUGGAGACAGAAACUGAAGCCGACUUUAACAACACUAACAUACUUCUGAGCUCGUACAUGAAGGAACUUUCCCACCUAAAGUCAAUGGCCCGGGACCUUGAAGUCACAAUGGAAGCUCAGCUGAACAUCAUCAAGAUGGACCUUGAAGAUAAACUGGAGGCAAUUCAGAAAAGCAAUGAAGUCCAGAAAAAAAUGGCCUUUUCAGCAACUAUCAUUGAGUCCUCUUAUUCGUUCACUGGACCCUACUCUACUGGUACCAGCAAUGCUCUUAAAUUCCACAGAGUCUUCACAAAUAUUGGCAACGCCUACAACAAAAAGACAGGAAUCUUCACAGCUCCAGUGAACGGUGUUUAUCAGUUCAGCUUCAUGACUUUUGGUUACAGCAGCCACACGUCGGGAGCCAUCUUGGUGAAAAAUGGAAAUUACCAAGUGAGCACCUGGGAGUUUACAGGACCGGACACCAGUGAUACAACGAGCAACUCAGUAAUCCUUGAAAUGAAUGCUGGAGACAGCGUCAACAUAAUUUUGUGGCAAGGUGGUAAAAUACAUACGAGUGUCUUCAGUGGCUUCCUCAUUUCCCCUUUGGUCUAA